AUGGUCGUAAUCGACUUUGAUAUGGCCGCAACAGGCGGCAACUCCAAUGCCACCUUUUCCGAUUCGCCCUUCUUCUACGAUCGAUCCGGUGCCAACGGCGCCGGCCAAGCCAUAUACAAGGACGCACAUCACGUACAGCCUCACUCAAAUCCUCGCGUCAGCUAUUACCAUCCCUCUGGUGUCGGCGACUUCCACUAUGGCGAGAGGCAUCCCAUGAAGCCAGCCCGACUCACGCUCACCAACCGUCUGGUCCUGGCAUACGGUCUCCAUAAGCAUAUGAGCGUCUUUACUCCACGCGAGGCUACAAAGGAAGAGCUCGAGAUGUUUCACGACAGCGACUAUGUCGAUUUCCUUGCCAACGUCACCCCAUCCACACCGCCUUCCGCUGCUUUCACCAAGUUCAACUUCGCCGAUGACUGUCCCGUCUUUGACGGCAUGUACGACUUUUGCAAGGCCUAUUCUGGCGCAUCUCUAGCUGGCGCCAGAAGGCUCGCUGCUGGAGAGACCGACAUCGCCAUCAACUGGUCCGGUGGUCUUCACCACGCAAAGAAAUUUGAAGCUUCCGGAUUCUGCUACGUCAACGAUAUCGUGCUCGGCAUCAUGGAGCUGCUCAGAUACCAUCCACGCGUGCUCUACAUCGACAUCGACAUUCACCACGGCGACGGUGUUCAGGAAGCUUUCUACAACUCGAAUCGUGUCAUGACCGUCUCCUUCCACAAGUACGGCAACGACUUUUUCCCUUGCACCGGCAACAUUGACGAGAUCGGCACCGGCCUCGGCAAGCACUUUUGCCUCAACGUACCCCUCCAAGACGGCAUCGACGAUUCGGGAUACGUAGCGCUGUUCAAGAGCGUCAUGGAACCAUGCAUCACCACCUUCCGUCCUUCUUCCAUCGUCCUGCAGUGCGGAGCCGACUCGCUCGGGCUAGAUCGACUGGGAUGCUUCAAUCUCAGCAUUGCAGCGCAUGGCGAGUGCGUGCAAUUCAUCAAAUCCUUCGGUCUACCCCUGCUUGUCCUCGGCGGCGGAGGCUACACUAUCCGCAACGUCGCUCGCUGCUGGGCGUACGAGACUUCGGUGCUCACUGGCUGUUCCAUCCCCGACACUCUGCCGAGCACGCCGUACAUGGAGUUCUUUGCACCCACCUACAGGCUCCACGAGCCGACGCAGGCCGGCAGAGUCGAGAAUCAGAACACUAAGGCGAGUUUGGAGAAGAUACGAGUGCAGAUCUUGGAGCAGUUGCGGUACUUGCAUGGCGCGCCGAGCGUUCAGAUGCAGGAACUGCCGCCGGAUUUGGGAGGCGCGUGGGUGGAGGAGGAGGUCAAGGUGUAA